CGAGAAUUUAACACUGGGUUGAAUAUUUUACCCUGCGUUAGCUUUCACAGGCUUUUGCCAACCCACGGUUAACUAUAUCGCUCAAAGCUUAAUUGCAAGAGUUUUUAAUUAAUAACAAAAGUUACCAGCUUUCCACCAGCUCAAUGUGUGAGUGGCGUUUGUCAUAUUACUAGUGCCGUUGUGUGCAUAUAGUCGUAUCGCAGUAUGACUUCUCUUUGAAAGAAUGUCCGUGUUUGUCCAGGCGUGAAAUCGUUUUCUCCUGCAUAAGAUUUUGAAGCGAAGUAUAUGAAUUAUUUUGUUCAAUAAAGAUAUAUCGGGGGAGAUUUUAUCAAGGUUAUUCUUUAACAUGAAAAGAUUUGUGCCUGGUUUUUUAGCUUUCGUUCUAACGACCACGUGUGUGCUUGGUUGUGGUGAAGAGUCAAAUAGAGUGUACAAUGUACGUCGAAGGAGAGAUAGGCUUUCUGAGAACGUUGUCAUUGGUAUGGAUUAUUUUGGUAAACCAAAGAUCGUCUGUCACUGUGACGAAGCUGGAUUACAGAGGCUUACUGCGAAGACCUUCAAACGUGGCCAUGUCGUAAAAGUGAAACCCGAGUCUUUAAAGAGGGGGAUAGUACAAAAGAAAGAACCUGGGCGUGAAGAUCAAGAUUCGCAAAGGGAUCUGAUAUAUUCGCCGACCUGCUGCAAGAUUGACUUGACCAAUCCUAAAAAACUUUACAGCUAUCCAUUCACAAUACGGCUGCCUGAUCAAACGUUCACACCCGAGUUCAACGACCCAAAAAGUCAACAGUACCAAGGGCUGAAGAAUCAGUUGAUCUCGGGGUUAACAACACUGCUUGCCAACGAAGGAUGCGUGGUGUCAAUAGAUCUCACUAAAUUUAGAAAAGGCAGUGUAUUGGCAGACGUCUCGCUCUCUGUUCAAGGAUUGAUAUCUCAAAGUAUUAUUGACACGUUGAAAUCCGCCAUUGAAUCUGGAAACAUUGGUGGUCUCAGAGUCGAGAUAGUUCCAGAGUUACCACCAGAAGAGGCCCCAGCAACAACCACUCCGAAACCUAAUAAACAAGCAUCUUCUGCUACACAAGCACCAACACAAACUACACAAGCGCAGGAUGCACAAAAGACCCCAUUACCUGCUGCGAAACAAGCCCCUGCUGCUACACAAGCGCCUGCUGCCACACAAGCGCCUGCUGCCACACAAGCGCCUGCUGCCACACAAGCCCCUGCUGCCACACAAGCGCCUGCUGCCACGCCUGCUGCCACACAAGCGCCUGCUGCCACACAAGCGCCUGCUGCUACACAAGCGCCUGCUGCCACACAAGCGCCUGCUGCCACACAAGCGCCUGCUGCCACACAAGCGCCUGCUGCCACACAAGCGCCUGCUGCCACACAAGCGCCUGCAGCUACACAAGCGCCUGCUGCUACACAAGCGCCUGCUGCUACACAAGCACCAUCUGCGACAAAAGCACCAUCUGCGACAAAAGCACCUGCUGGGGCGACAUCUGCUCCGUCGACUACCAUAGUAGCAACUGUUGCACCAGCUGUUGGCGCCACCACGUCCAAACCAGGCACCAAACCAUCUACAACAUCCGCAACAUCCAACGGUACCACAGCAAACAACAAUACAGCAUCCAAUGUUAGCACUACCCCUGCACCAGCCACUACAACCCCUGCCCCGGUUAUGACACCAGAAAAUCCGGUCGACUCCCGACCCACGAUACCUUACACCACGAACACACCAGGUAAAGAAUUCAAGGUCGCUAUAAUUCUGACCGAGAAGUCAUUUGACGCAAACCUAAACAUACCUUCAAGUUUGCAGUUCUUGGACUUGAAGAAGAUGAUCGAACAGUCGUUGACAGAAAUUUUCCGAAGUAAUCCUGAAUUUAUAUCCGUUACUGUUUUGAGCUUCAGACCAGCGGUGUACAAACCACCAAAGACCGAAUUCCAAGCAGGAUCAGCAGCACCGGCAACUCGCCGUUCCAGUGUACCUUUAAUGGGAGUGGAAGUGACGCUAGAUUUUAAGUUUCGGGUCUCGCGUCCAGGCCUCCUGGUCCCGCUGGAAACACAGCUGAAAGUAGGCACAAUCGCCAGCCAUGCAGUGUCUCCCGACAUGGCGACAGUCAUUAUAAAAGAUGAACAGCAAUGUCCUUCAACAUGUCGGCAACCGACUGUCUGCGCCCCAUCGUGCUCAAUACGAUGCUGCUCGGCUCCUCAAACGCCACCCUGUCCCAGUCCUUGCUCUAGCGGAUGCGCUCCUAGCUGUACCACAUCGUGCUGUGCUUUGACGAAGCGAAGUAUCCUCGCUCUCAAAAACUGAGUCGAUAUUAAACAUACAUUUCGUAGCCUACGUUAAUUUGAUAUUAAAAAUUUGGUUAUGGUAA